CGUUGCUGGUAUGUUGUAGUAACGUUCCACAUACGUUAUUUAUGUCAAGGUCAAUGUCAAGGUUGAUCUGUGUGCUGAGGAGAUGGGGAACAACGUGCAACCAGCUGCUGCUCUCCAGGGGGACAUCAAUACUAUUGUCAAGCAGCUCCUGGAGUACGUUCAUAAAGAUGGCUGGAGGUAUCCAGCUGAUACAGAAUGGUGGACCACGUUGAAAGAGAAGAUGGUUGCUAUGACAAAGGUGACAAAGGCGUUAGCUCUACAGUCGACAACACCCAUGAACUACUACCAAGUGUUCCACCACAUCUCCCAACUGCUGCCCCACGACUGUGUCAUCGUGAGUGAGGGGGCCAACACCAUGGACAUCGGACGCACCAUGUUGAACAACUACCAUCCUCGACACAGGCAAGCCAUGCCGCCUCACACAGAGAUCAAAGGUCAAAUCCGCCAAGUAUCCUGUGCCUUUGCCCUGAAGACAA